GUUUAUGUUCUGAAUCGCUGCCGAUGGUGCUAAACAACGUUAGCUGUAGCAUUAGCUUGAUUUAAACACAAAAUAGUAAACAUUUCAAUGUAUUCUGCAACUAUAUAGAAUUUCACUUACACUGAGGAAACAGUAUUGCGUAAUGGCGGCCAGCCCCCGAGGUAUGUUAACCAUAAUUAUUUCGGUAGACUUUGGGCUUGCUAACCAGCUUGCAAGUGUUGGGCCGCAUCAUUGGCCUAACACACAAUAAUUCACAGAAACAGAUCUAUAGCUAACUAUACAUCACAAUACGAGUUCAUGCUGUGUAGUGAGUGUAUUGGUCAAAAGUUCGAAGGUGCAUGUUACGGUGGUGUCUAGCAUGCUGAUAUCUCAAGCCCAAUUAUAACCAAGUCCACAGUAAGCUAGCCAGCUAACGUUUGCUAGAAAGCUAGCUCGCUGCGCCAUGUUUUGUGGUUGUUUUGAUAACGUCAUUGCAAGUUAACUUGCUAGUGUGUCUGCAUGCAUAACCGUAUAAGUUAAACAUAUAGCUAGCUAUUUUCUCCUGGAUUCAAAUAAAUGCUAACUGUAACUUAACUAGCUAACUGUAUGACGUUGGCUCCGCUGCCUCAGUGCCUGGCUGGUUAGCUAGCUAGCUAGCAGGCAUGGUAGUUAUGUGUCGCGCUAUGGUUUAUGGUAAAAAAAAAAAAAAAGGUUUAUUACAGUACCUUACUUGGAACUAUUAAAAUAAACCUUUGUUGGUUAGUAAAAUGUUGUAGCUUGCUAACCACACAUCAGUCAUUAAUGAAUUAAUUGGGCACGUUCCUCUGCCAGAUCUUACGCUAGGAUAGGUAUUUUAUUGGCCGCGUUCAAAACAACUGGGAACUCGUUCCCGAGAUGGAUUACCGUUGAAAUCGAUUUUUCCCAGUCGGAGAUCGUUUUUUUCGAGUUCCCAGUUGGUUUGAAUACACUAAAGGCGAAGAGUUCCGAGCUCCCAGUGGUUUGAACGCGGCAUAUGUAUCGGCUAACCACAUAUGUUAAAAAAAAUCUGUCAGUCGAUUGGUUGAUGCAUGCAAUGUUGGAGCAGGGGAACGUGACUCAUAUGUUAUAGGCUAUGCAGGGGGAGAAGUAUUGAAUGGUCAUCCAACUCAGAAACAUUGGCAUCUUUCUCGAUCUCCAACUUUCCGACCUGAAGAUCACUGAUGUCAAUGAUUUGACCUCGUUUUUUGGGGGGGGAGUUCCCAGUUGUUUUAUGGUGCGUUCAAGACAACUGAGAAGUCUGAAAAAUACGAGGUCAGAUCAUGGUCAAAUCAUGACGUAAGUGAUCUUCUGGUCGGAAAGUCGGAGCUCUAGAAAGAGGCCAAAGUUCCCAAGUUGGAUGACCGUUCAUACAAUUUUUCCCAGUCUUGUCUUGAACGCACUGAUGUCGGAGAGUUCUGAGUUCCCAGUUGUUUUGAACAUGGCAUUAAAAGCACCAAUAGCAAUCUGGUGCCCGACUGCACAGUCAAUGACGUGGCACGUGACCAUUGGAUGAUGCAUACAACGUCUGAGCAGGGGAACGCGCUGAACGAUGAAACAUCUAGGGUUAUCAAUUGGCGGAUUCGAUUAUGCUGAGCCGCAGGGCACCUGUCUAUGGCCUGUGAUGUGAACGGGCAAAAGCGGUGAGGGAGGAGCGCCCUUCUCAAAUUGAACAGUAGUCUGCACCGCUCAGCCAUGUUGUCAACAAGGCAGCAUGGUGCAUCGUCCAGAAACAUUCAUCUCUUUUCCAUAAAAUAUAUGUUUGAAUUUUAAAACUAGUUUUCAUUGGGAAGGCAGAUAAAGCGUUUUUAUCAAAAGCAAUCACUUUUGCAUGUGAACACAGAAUCCUACUCAUUACUCCACGUGCUUAAUUCUUUUUUUUUGCCGACAUAGCCAUGGGCUUUGAACAGGGCACCUGGCCCUCGCCCGGGACUUACAUUUACAUUUUAGUCAUUUAGCAGACGCUCUUAUCCAGAGCGACAUACAGGCGCAAUUAGGGUUAAGUGCCUUGCUCAAGGGCACAUCGACAGAUUUUUCACCUAGUCGGCUCAGGGAUUAGAACCAGCGACCUUUUGGUUACUGGCACAACACUCUUAACCACUAAGCUACCUGCCGCCUAAUUAGCCCGGUUUCCAAAACAAAUACAUUCAACUUUCACCCGGUGCAAGACACGCCUACCCGGGUGCCCGGCCAGAUUAAUCGAAUCCCCUCAAUUGCUGGACUGAAUUGAUCAAUUCAUGUUAUUGAUUGACCAGAGAGUCUUCACACCUGUUUUCCCAUGUUUUAAUUUGCCAAUUAGAAAGCAACGAUGUGCAAACAUUGUGGCCCUCAAGGACUGGUUUUGAAGACCCUGACAGCAAACAGAUUUAAGAGCCUUGUCUUUUUGUUUUCAGAUGACGACUUUGAAGAUUAUGAUAAGCCAGGUGCAGAGAGAUCACGCAGGAGGAGAGGCGAAGAUGAUGAUUUAGACAGGUAUAUCUGCUGCUUGGUGUAACAUGACUGUCUGUCAUGGGGAAUGCUUGAAUCUUUAGCAAACGUUUUGCAUUCCUUCUUUUCCCUUUACUGCAGGCAGUUUUAGGAUUGUCCUCUAACAUUAGGCUGUAUUAGUUAGGCUUGGGCAGUAUCCAGAUUGUCAUACUUCCAUACCAACCUUGUGCCAUACUGGGAUAUUCGAUAAAACCGGCACUGAACACAGGGGGGCGCUAUUGUAAUCCGAAGGUUAGCAAUGCUAACAAGUACAUGUGCAAUCCCAUAGAAAAUGCUAAUUAAAUGCUAACGAGCGCAUUGCGAACAUUUUAUAGUCUCUGACCUAAAUUAUUUAUUAUUAUUAUUUGUAUGACAGACAUCCCAUCUCAUAAAGUUAUACAAGUAACAAAAAAAUGCUACUCAGUUUGCUGCACGCACAAAAAAAUAUUAGACCGCAAGGCUCUUGAUCCAAGCGAACUAGAUUUUUAAAGAUAUUUAUUUAUUUAUUUAUUUUGGCCUGAAGUUAACCACUUAGCUAACUAGCUACUAAAUUAGCAAACCAAAUGCACAAUGGCAGAGUAUUUAGCACAUUUUAGACUGUUAACUUAAUAGUUAUAAUAUAUCUAGCUGGCAAACAUUUAGUUGUGAAUUCCAUACUGGAACUAGAUCACCUGGCUGCACAACAGUGAGUGACUCACAAGGCUCUGGUCUCUCGUCGUUCUGUGCUUGUAAACAAACACCACCUGACUGGGGACUACUGGUAAGUUUUAUAAUAAAAAAUUAUGUGACAGGUGAAAUGAAGAGUGAGAUCUUUAUCUCCUAACAUAUUGCACAAGUUGACUGCAGGUAUUUAAAUCAAAAUCAAAUCAAAUCAAAUUUUAUUGGCCACAUGCGCCGAAUACAACAGGUGCAGACAUUACAGUGAAAUGCUUACUUACAGCCCUUAACCAACAGUGCAUUUCUUUUUAACAAAAAAAGUAAAAAUAAACAACAACAAAAAAAGAGCAGAAGUAAAAUAAAAUAACAGUAGGGAGGCUAUAUAUACAGGGGGGUACCGGUGCAGAGUGCGGGGGCACCGGCUAGUUGAAGUAAUAUGUACAUGUGGGUAGAGUUAAAGUGACUAUGCAUAAAUAAUUAACAGAGUAGCAGCAGCGUAAAAGGAUGGGGUUGGGGGGUCAGUGCAAAUAGUCCGGGUAGCCAUGAUUAGCUGUUCAUGAGUCUUAUGGCUUGGGGGUAGAAGCUGUUGAGAAGUCUUUUGGACCUAGACUUGGCACUCCGGUACCGCUUGCCGUGCGGUAGCAGAGAGAACAGUCUAUGACUAGGGUGGCUGGAGUCUUUGACAAUUUUGAGGGCCUUCCUCUGACACCGCCUGGUAUAGAGGUCCUGGAUGGCUUUACUUAAAAAGUAGCUACAAAUAUUCACAUUGAUAAAAAUAUUUUUUCAAAGAAAUAGUUUCAACGGUAUUGACUGUAUUGAAAACCAUCCAGUGGCUAUUUCCAAAUACUCCGGUAUACGGUAUAUACAGUGUACCACCCAAGCCUAAUAUUAGUACAGUAGUUCCUUACUCUUAACUAUGAAGCCCAUAACUAAUGCAGAAAAUAUAGGCCUAAAAUAGAUUUUAGGCAGAGACUAUCUCUUGCGGAGAAUUUGCCACCAUGUCACCACAUAUUUUUCCCAUUUUACCAAGGUUGUUCAUGAAUGGAGCUGGGUGGUACUGUAUAUACAAAAGUAUACUAUUGUAAUUUGUAAAACCAUUUUCCCAACAACAAUAUAAGAAACAAUAUGACGACAUAAUGAGCUUAUGAUCUGAAUAUGACGUAGAUUUAUGAGCAUACCUGGUAGGAGAGAAAUUGAGGUGGUACAGCUUCCAUUUAAAGUACUUGCUCCUGUUUGGGUCCAACUGAACAUGACCCAGGAACAAUAUAGAGACUGCAGCCUAUGAGAACAACAUUUGUAUCACUAGAAUCUGGCCUUGCAGAGACGGGUCUAGUGUAAAUUUGGUGGAAUAUUGGCAUCUGCUUAUCGUAAACAUGUUGUGUUAUUGGUGCACAAUUUAGCCUAUUAGCUGGCCUUGCUCAUGAGAAUUUAGGCUCCAGUGAAGAAUCCUGUCUAGACUAGCCACAUAGAGACUAGACCAAUACCUAGCAUUGUAAAAUUAGAUACGCUGACUUGCCUUGCUUUACGUCAUGGUUUAUCUCUUCUCUUACAGUGAAAUUGAGGGUGAUUUGCUCGAUGAGGAUUGGCUGACAGCCAAAAAGGUAAGACAAAGGACUUCCCGUCUCCUCUGUUUGUGAUUACUUUCAUAGCAUUCAUAGAUGCCUCUGCCAUGCUAACCUAUGACACAUAUUAAGAAUGCAGCCUGCCAGCUGUAGGAAAGGUGAAUUAGCCUUGAUCCCAUAGAGUUAGACCUCACGGUGAUGUUACAUUUAACAGUAGGCUUGUGCCGGGUGGCUCCACCACAGGGGCAUUUAUUGAUGUGAACCAGGAGGAAGGACAGUGGGCAACAAAAAUUCUUAGUGUUUUUAUUUUUAACAUAUAGUCCUCUUUAAAAGAACCGAUCUGUCCUCUUUAAAGUGAACUCUAGGGUAAAAAAAAAAAAAAGGUUAAAGAACUCAGUUCUCUUUGUAUUCACACUGCCAUUGCCUUUGAAUGAGGACUCAACUCUUUUGCCAGUUCACUUCACUCAUUUUGUGGUCUGAGUCCUCUUUGCAUUAACAUUGCUAUGUUUAGAAAGAAACAAAGAUAUUUUCCCAACAUUCACUCAAUGCACUCUGGGACAAGCCAUUUAAUCAGAAUGUGUUAUUGGACAGCUAGAUAUACCUACUUACAUUUUGGAAGCUAAUAGAUUGCAUUUAAUUAAAAGAUGAGGCAUACUAAUUGUAAUCAGAAGAUACUAUUAACAUACAUAUUAUUGGUAACAGAAUAAAUAGCAGAAGAAUAACUGCAGAUUCAAUCAUGCUGUAAUUGAAAAUUGUACACCCAAUGUAGGCUACUGCCCUUUUUAAGAGCUAAAAUUGAUUUUGUACCCUAUGUUGUGAUUCUCACCAAAUACACUACAUGACCAAAAGUAUGUGGACACCUCCUCGUCGAACAUCUCAUUCCAAAAAAAAUGGGCAUUAAUAUGGAGUUGGCCCCCCCUUUGCUGCUAUAACAGCCUCCACUCUUCUGGGAAGGUUUUCCGCUAGAUGUUGGAAUAUUGCUCUGGGGACUUGCUUCCAUUCAGCCACAAGCAUUAGUGAGGUUGGGCACUGACGUGGGGUGAUUAGGCCUGGCUUGCAGUCUGCGUUCCAAUGAAUCCCAAAGUAUUCUAUGGGGUUGAGGUCAGGGCUCUGUGCAGGCCAGUCAAGUUCUUCCACACCGAUCUCGACAAACCAUUCCUGUAUGAACCUCGCUUUGUGCACAGGGGCAUUGUCAUGCUGAAAAUGGAAAGGGCCUUCCCCAAACUGUUGCCACAAAGUUGGAUGCACAGAAUCAUCUAGAAUGUCAUUGUAUGCUGUAGCGUUAAGAUUUCCCUUCACUGGAACUAAGGGGCCUAGCCCGAACCAUGAAAAACAACCCCAGACCAUUAUUCCUCCUCCACCAAAUUUUACAGUUGGCACUAUGCAUUGGGGCAGGUAGCGUUCUCCUGGCAUCUGCCAAACCCAGAAUUGUCCGUCGGACUGCCAGAUGAUGAAGCGUGAUUCAUUACUCCAGAGAAUGCGUUUCCACUGCUCCAGAGGCCAAUGGCAGUGAGCUUUACACCACUCCAGCCGAUGCUUGGCAUUGCACAUGGUGAUCUUAGGCUUGUGUGUGGCUGCUCGGCCAUGGAAAUCCAUUUCAUGAAGCUCCUGACGAACAGUUCUUGACCCGGGCAUCUCUAGCAGGGCAAAAAUUUGACGAACUGACUUGUUGGAAAGGUGGCAUCCUAGGACGGUGCCAUGUUGAAAGUCAAUGAGCUCUUCAGUAAGGCCAUUAUACUGCCAAUGUUUGUCUAUGGAGAUUGCAUGCCUGUGCGCAAAGUUUUAUACACCUGUCAGCAACAGGUGUGGCUGAGAGAGCCGAAUCCACUAAUUUGAAGAGGUGUCCACAUACAUUUGUAUGUAUAGUGCAUUUUGUCUUCUCACACUAUUCAAACCCUACAAUCGGAUAAAUGGCUUAUGAAGCUCUCUUAUAGAUCAUGGUCCUUAUUAUGGUCCUCUGUAGCUCAAUUGGUAGAGCAUGGCGCUUGUAACGCCAGGGUAGUGGGUUCGAUCCCCGAGACCACCCAUACGUAAAAAUGUAUGCACACAUGACUGUAAGUCGCUUUGGAUAAAAGCGUCUGCUAAAUGGCAUAUUAUAAUUAUUAUAUUAUAUUAUUAUAUUAUAUCACAUAUUGCAAACAAAUAAUCUGAACUAAAAACCACACACUUUGGAAUUUCUGUGCGUUUUUGACAAUCGCUAAUCAAUAUUCAAAAACGGCACACGUUUUUUUCUGCGAACCUGCACAUCAUCAUCAUCUUCUCUCUUGUGGCACCAAUGUGAAGGGUUAUGGCAGGGGAAACGGUGUUGCAGUAGUGUGUGGUACUGGAAUAAUGACAAGCGAACCUGGGGAGCUUUGUGUUCAAAUUGCCCUUAAAAAGGGAACCGGACCGUGGAAUUCAAGCGAACCGAACUCAGACCACCUCUUGAGAUGGUCUCAAUUCAGUUUAGCUUCGGGGGCUUUUUUGAGGGGCCUGAGUUCCCUUGGAGUGUUCACACUGCAUAAAACAUUAAGCGAACCGCACUGAGUUCACAAAAAUUGUCUGAAAGGGACCAAGUGUGAAAACACCCUUACGUUGGUUCCCCAAAAAAGAGAAGAUGAUGUGCAGGUUGGCGGAAAAAAACUUGUGCUGUUUUUGGAUACUGAUUACCGAUUGUCAAGAAUGCACAGAAAUUCCCAAAUAGCCUACAGUGAGGGAAAAAAGUAUUUAAUCCCGUGCUGAUUUUGUACGUUUGCCCACUGACAAAGAAAUGAUCAGUCUAUAAUUUUAAUGGUAGGUUUAUUUGAACAGUGAGAGACAGAAUAACAACAACAAAAUCCAGAAAAACGCAUGUCAAAAAUGUUAUAAAUUGAUUUGCAUUUUAAUGAGGGAAAUAAGUAUUUGACCCCCUCUCAAUCAGAAAGAUUUCUGGCUCCCACGUGUCUUUUAUACAGGUAACGAGCUGAGAUUAGGAGCACACUCUUAAAGGGAGUGCUCCUAAUCUCAGUUUGUUACUUGUAUAAAAGACACCUGUCCACAGAAGCAAUCAAUCAAUCAGAUUCCAAACUCUCCACCAUGGCCAAGACCAAAGAGCUCUCCAAGGAUGUCCGGGACAAGAUUGUAGACCUACACAAGGCUGGAAUGGGCUACAAGACCAUCGCCAAGCAGCUUGGUGAGAAGGUGACAACAGUUGGUGCGAUUAUUCGCAAAUGGAAGAAACACAAAAGAACUGUCAAUCUCCCUUGGCCUGGGGCUCCAUGCAAGAUCUCACCUCAUGGAGUUGCAAUGAUAAUGAGAACGGUGAGGAAUCAGCCCAGAACUACACGGGAGGAUCUUGUCAAUGAUCUCAAGGCAGCUGGGACCAUAGUCACCAAGAAAACUAUUGGUAACACACUACGCCGUGAAGGACUGAAAUCCUGCAGCACCUGCAAGGUCCCCCUGCUCAAGAAAGCACAUAUACAGGCCCAUCUGAAGUUUGCCAAUGAACAUCUGAAUGAUUCAGAGGAGAACUGGGUGAAAGUGUUGUGGUCAGAUGAGACCAAAAUCGAGCUCUUUGGCAUCAACUCAACUCGCCGUGUUUGGAGGAGGAGGAAUGCUGCCUAUGACCCCAAGAACACCAUCCCCACCGUCAAACAUGGAGGUGGAAACAUUAUGCUUUGGGCGUGUUUUUCUGCUAAGGGGACAGGACAACUUCACCGCAUCAAAGGGACGAUGGACGUGGCCAUGUACCGUCAAAUCUUGGGUGAGAACCUCAUUCUCUCAGCCAGGGCAUUGAAAAUGGGUCGUGGAUGGGUAUUCCAGCAUGACAAUGACCCAAAACACACGGCCAAGGCAACAAAGGAGUAGCUCAAGAAAAAGCACAUUAAGAUCCUGGAGUGGCCUUGCCAGUCUCCAGACCUUAAUCCCAUAGAAAAUCUGUGGUGGGAGCUAAAGGUUCGAGUUGCCAAACGUCAGGCUCGAAACCUUAAUGACUUGGAGAAGAUCUGCAAAGAGGAGUGGGACAAAAUCCCUCCUGAGAUGUGUGCAAACCUGGUGGCCAACUACAAGAAACGUCUGACCUCUGUGAUUGCCAACAAGGGUUUUACCACCAAGUACUAAGUCAUGUUUUGCAGAGGGGUCAAAUACUUAUUUCCCUCAUUAAAAUGCAAAUCAAUUUAUAACAUUUUUGACAUGCGUUUUUCUGGAUUUUUUAAAUGUUAUUCUGUCUCUCUCACUGUUCAAAUAAACCUACCAUUAAAAUUAUAGACUGAUCAUGUCUUUGUCAGUGGGCAAACGUACAAAAUCAACAGGGGAUCAAAUAUUUUUUUCCCUCACUGUAAGUGUGGAGGUUUACUUCAGAUUAUUUGUUUGCAAUAUGUGAUCUAUAGGCUCGGAACGCUUCAUAAGCUGUUUAUUUGGUUGUGGGGUUUGAGUAGUGUGAGAAGACAACAUAUUUGGUGAGAAUCACAACAGGGUACAAAAUCUAUUCUAGCUCUUAAAAGGACAUUGGGUGUACAAUUUUCAAUUACAGCAUUAUUUAAUCUGCAGUUAUUAUGCUGAUAUUUAUUAUGUUACCAAUAAUAUUUACAUGUUAAUAGUAUCUUCUGAUAAAAGUUAUUGUUGCAUCUUUUAACUAAAUGCAAUCUAUUUGCUUCCAAAAUGUAAGUAGGUGUAUCUAGCUGUUCAAUAACGUAUUUUAAUUAAAUGGCUUGUCCCAGAGUGCAUUGAGUGAAUGUUGGAAAAAAAACUCUUGGUUCCUUUCUAAACAUAGCAAUGUUAAUGCAAAGAGGACCCGGACCACAAAAUAGGUGAUGUGAACUGGCAAAAGAGUUGGGUCCUCAUUCAAAGUCAAUGGCAGUGUGAAUGCAAAGAGAACUGCAAAGAGAACCGAGCCGACUAGGUGAAAAAUCUGUCGAUGUGCCCUUGAGCAAGGCACUUAACCCUAAUUGCUCCUGUAAGUCGCUCUGGAUAAGAGCGUCUGCUAAAUGACUAAAAUAUAUAAAAAAUGUAAACAGAGUUUUUUUAUUUUUCUGGAGUUCACUUUAAAGAAGACUGAGAUUGAGAUUGGUUCUUUUAAAGAUGACUAUAUGUGAAAAAACACUUAACAGGCCUAGAUUGCCUUCACCACAUGGGAAUAAAGCAUUAUUUUGGACUGAAGGCGAUCCCCCAUGUUUAUUUGAACUAUUUUAUUAAUUCAAGUAUUUACUUAAAAUAUGUGAGAUUAGCAAUCUGAUUCCAACAUACAUAGGCCUACACAUUCAAUCUGAUGUGGUUUGUAGAAAUUAAAGAACACUUCACUUUUGUUUGAUAUUCAGUAGUUGUACUAUAGUCGACCUUGCCAUCCAAAGCCUGGGCUUGCAAGGAAUGAAUAACAUGAGAUAGAACAUACUGAUCUGUUCUGGGUUGUUUUUCUUGAUUUUAGAAUCCCUCAGAAGCGUCAGAUGAGGAAUUGAAUGAUGACCUUCUGCAAAGUGAUGAAGAAGGUCAAAACUUGUAAGUUCAUUGUAUCUACGUGGUCUGAUCGCGCUGAUUGCAUUUCCAUACUUAGUCUAUAGACACUUGACAUGAACAUUUUUGAGCUACAGUCUCCUUAGUUUAUAAUUUAGGGUGUUCACCCAUAAAAUGAUUAAUUAAUUCAAGGUUUAUACAAAUAUGUCAGUUUAAUAGAAAAUUCUGUCAGAAACAAUAGUCCAACCCUCAUGUCUCUACCAUAUAUGGUUCAAAAGUUAAUGACGAUGUACUCUGAGAAUUUAGCAUGUUUAGAGUGAAAGGAAUGUCAUCACAGGCAUGAUCAAAAAGUGGUCACAACUCAGUAGAACACUGUGGCACUGCUCCGCGGCAGAACGGCGCUAACUUCGAACGUCAACUGACAAGCUAACUAGUGGCUGCAGGUUCGUGAGUGAAAACACAAAACGAAAUAGGGACUAAAUAUAUAUUUAUUUACAAAGCUGACAGACUGAAUUUCAAUAUCCACCAUCCGCGAAGACAAUCUGUUCCUGUUUUCAUUGUGUAUUUCUGAAUCUUUCCCUUUAAAACGCCAUAUAAACGACCCCUCUCAACGUAGAUUGAUCGCCAAUAUAGGCAAUGAAAGCCAAAGAUCAGGAGGUGAAAAUGACGAAGGUAUCAAGUUGAUUUUGAUUGGUCCAAUCAGCGGAAACACCUCCAAAUGGUACCACCUCACAACACCAAAUUUGGAGGAGAUCCAACCAAGAGUGGCGCAGUCUAAACUAGCAACGGUCACAGCAAAUUAACGUUCUUAUCAAAUGAACGUUCGUCAACCCUGUAGAGAACAACCUAUAUUGUUCUCUGCAGAAUAUUGUAGAGAACAAUCUAAUGAUUCAUUCUAUGUCAUUUAUAAUGACAUAUGGCAAAGAAAACUACGUUUUGACAUUCAUUUCGUAGCACCCUCUUGAACUGCCCCUGUUUUUCUCUACAUUGUACAGCAGUGAGUGAACACCUUAUAUAAUUGUGUGUUUUUGCCUUUCAGCAGCCAGGGAGUUAGCCUCAAUGCUACUCUAGGCGAAUUUGACCAGCAGGCGAACCCCAUAGACUACACAGUCGACCUAGGAGAUGUAGAGGGGGGCUACCAGCAGGAGGGAGGAGAGUACGUGGACGAGUACAGCCAGCCCAAUGACAUGGAGAUGCCAGACGGCCAAAUGGAAUACUCAGGAGAACAGGCCGAGGGCGACGGGAUUUACCAGGACGAAGUGUUAGACAUUCAAAUCAAUGAGCCUCUAGACGAUGAAUUUCAAGUGAGUCCUCCCCCCAUCUCCCCUCCUUCUGUCUUACUCCAUUGUAUCUUGAAAAGAUAACGUUGAUUUCCCUGUCUCGGGUUUCAGGGGGCACAUAUCAAAUCUAUUCAGGGGGCGCUAAAGGGGAUGUGUGUUGGGUAGGGGUUGAAGGGGUGGGGGGGAUUAGAUUCAUUAUCACUCUCCGCCAGUUGAUUUCUCCUUUCGCUGACAAAGUUGGUGUUGACAGCUUGUUUGGCGGUAGGUAGGUAAUGCUCUGGUGUCUGUCUGCUGUGACGCCCGGUGCCAUUGUGACCUUGGGCCCUGUAUCUUUGUCCGGCUAAAGAGCCGCUUUGUGCGAGGAAGACGCGCUGCCAAUCGGCGGAGGUUAACGCGAGGGGCUUUUAUCUCGGGCUCUCGACUCCAUCUGAUAAAGUCUCACAUAGGUGAAAAGAUUAUUGACCUUCCUAAGGACACCCCGACACCCCAUACAGUCCUGAAAUGAUUGAUGCGAUUUCCCCUGUUAUUUAUUUCCCAAACCUCGAAGCCAAGAGGGGAAAAGAUAAGACUAGAUUCAUGUGUGAUGUCUGAUUUACCAAGGUGUGAUGGCGCUUGACACCUGUCUGACAAAGACGUAUUACUUUUUUUUCCCACACUGAAAAUAAAGCCUUUGACCUUCUUAGUAGGGUUGCACGGUUUUACUUCAUGCUUACUUUGAAAAACCCCAGUGAGUGCGUGGUGCACAUUUGUGUUUUUGUGUGUAAUAACUAUGUUUACAAGGUCACUCGACUGCCUGGGUUUAAACACUGCUGUUUGCAGUGGUAUUCAGAGGUAAUAUCUGGAACAGUUUAAAGGAUUAAGCCCUUUCUGUCCCCUCGGGGCACUCAGUCCGUCUAUCCUUCUGCUGCCAAGGGUAUUUGUCUGCAAUAUUAUGUGUUGGGUUGGCAGGUUAAUGGUGCAGAACACCAAACACUGGCCUGCGACCUACACACUGACCUCAUUUGACGGUUAUGAAGCAGCUAGUGGCUUCUCAUUGGAAAUAUGCUUUGAAAUAAGUGUAACUACACGAGUUGUGACCACAUGGUAUAUCAAAGAUGGAAGGCCUAAAUGUCUUUUUUAUUAUCAUCUCCCAAUGUGUGUGUGUGUGUUUUUGUGUGAUGGUCCUGCCCGGCAUUGAGUCAGGAACUUAUAAAGUGGGCCAAUAAAGCAGCGAUUUGUACAGUAGUCAGUAGCUAGCUCUAUGAUAUUUUCACCCUCACUGAUCCGGAGAGUGUGUUUUAUCCCCCCCCCCCCCCCCCCCCCCCCCGCAUUUCUGUAUAUCAUGUCAAACAUUUACAUCUCAUUGAAUUUCAAAUGCCGUCAGGAAUAGUAAUGAAGCCUGCUCCCACUGUUAUGGUAAUUCAAAAGAGGCUCCCCCUUUCUAAACCCCACCCCCCUCCCUGCCAAUCCCCCUUCAUAACAUUUCAAUGUUUUCCCCUUUAUGCUCGCGGUUAAUAUUUUCAUUAAAAGGAAACACGGCAGUAUUUUUGGCUCUACCGUUAUUCCUUUAGACAUCAUUUCCAUGGGGAUUUAGUUAGCCUAAACCCACAAAGGCUGUAAUCUCAGGCCAGUGUAAUACUAUCCUCCUAAUAUUGAUAGUAAAAGUAAACAUGAGGCAAUACAAGGGUGGUAGAAAGAAGGAAUGUACUUAAUCUACAGUGCCUUCAGAAAGUAUUCAUACCCCUUGACUUAUUCCACAUUUUGUUGUGUUACAGCCUGAAUUCAAAAUGUAUUCAAUAUUGUUUUUCUCUCACCCAUCUACACACAAAACCCUAUAAUGACAAAGUGAAAACAUGUUUUUAGAAAUGUUGAGAUUUAUUUUUAUGUAUUGAAAAUAGAAUACAGAAAUAUCUAUUUACAUAAGUAUUCACACCCCUUUGAUAUGAUACUCCAAAUUGAGCUCAAGUGCAUCCAAUUUCCUUUAAUCAUCCUUAAAAUGUCACUACAACUUGAUUGGAGUCCAAGUAUGGUCAAUACCAUUGUUUGGACAUGAUUCAGAAAGAAACACACUAUAUAAGAUCCCACAGUUGACAGCGAAUGUCAGAACAGAAGCUAUACCAUGAAGUCCAAGGAGCUGUCCAUAGAUCUCUUGUGAUGAGGCAUAUAUCUGGGGAAGUGUAGAAAACUAUUUUUAGAGUGUUGAAAGUUUACAAGAGCACAGUGGUCUCCAUCAUUGGGAAAUUAAAAAUAUAUGGAACUGCCUAGAGCUGGCCAUCCGACCAAACUGAUCAACCGGGCAAGAAGGGCCUUGGUCAGGGAGAUGACCAAGAACCCAAUGACCACUCUGACAGACAUACAGAGUUCCUUGGCUGAGAUGGGAGAACCUGCCAGAAGGACAACAGUCUCGACAGCACUUCAGCAAUCUGGGAUUUAUGGGAGAGUGGCCAGACGGAAGCCACUCCUGAGAAAAAGGCACAUGACCGCAUGCCUGGAGUUUUGAAAAAGGCACUUGAAAGACUGAGAUCAUACGGCAAAAUAUUUUGUGGUCUGAUGAGACAAAAAUGUAACUCUUUGGCCUUAAUGCAGAGCGCUAUGUCUGGAGAAAACCAGGCACAGCUCAUCACCCGUAUAACACCAUCCCUUCCGUAAUGCCUGGUGCUGGCAGCAUCAUGCUAUGGGAAUGCUUUUCAGCGGCAGGGACUGGGAGACUGGCAAGGAUAGAGGGAACAAUGAAUGGAGCCAAAUACAGGCAAAUCCUUGAUGUGAACCUGCUUCAGAGUGCAAACGACCUUAGACUGGGGCGAAGAUUUACGUUCCAACAGGACAAUGACCCCAAGCAUACAGCCAAAGCAACGCUGGAAUGGCUUCAGAACAAGAAUGUGAAAGUCCUUGAGUGGACCAGCCAAAGCCCAGACUUGAAUCCCAUUGAAGAUCUGUGGAAAGACUUGAAGAUUGCUGUUCACCGCCACUCCCCAUUUAACUUAACAGCGCUUGAGAAAAUCUGCAAGGAAGAACGGGAGAAAAUCCCCAAAUCCAGAUGUGCAAAGCCUUAUACAGACAUACCCAAGACGACUGACUCAAAGCUGUAAUCGCCUCCGUGCUCCAUUCACUCCGAUGUGAAUACUUAUGUAAAGGAUAUAUUUUUGUAUUUAAUUUUCAAUAACUUAGCUAAAAUAUCCAAAAAUAUGUGUAUGAGGUAUUGUGUGUAGAUGGGUGAGAGAGAAAAAAGAUUGAAUCCAUUUUGAUAUUAAGGCUGUGGAAUAAGUCAAGGGGUAUGACUGCUUUCUGAAGGUACUGUAUGUUGAUGACUGACUAGUAUUUAGAAUAUUGAUUCUGAAUCUCUCCACGUUGUUGUAGGUGGAUGAUUACUCAACAAGCUACAGAGAUGGAGAACAGCAGGAGCAGGCAGAGCAACAGGAAGCACCGGAGGGGGACGAAGAGGAGGAAGACUCUCAGCUCGCAGACACAGAGGAGGUGUGAGCAGAACAGGUCUCCCUCACUCACUGGCUGUAUCCCAAACAGCACCCUAUUCCCUAUAUAUUCCUAUAUAAUGAACUACUUAAGAGGUUCAGGUCAAAAGUAAUGCACUAUAUAGGGAAUAAGGUGCCAUUUGGGACCCAGACACUGGCCAAUAAUAGUCAGAGCCCCUCUCUGUCUGAUGCUUUGCAUUGAGUCAAUGGCUGCUAUGCUGACUAACGCUCGCUGUGUGGUGAUUUGAUUUUGGAGUUGCCUAGCUAAAAAAGUUGCAAAUGAUCAAUUAUGUAUGUGUAGCUAAUUCUAAUGGUUUAAACCAGGGUUCUUCAAUUCCGGUCCUGGAGGGCCGAAACACCUCUGUUUUCAUCCUCUCCUUUAAUCAGGGGCUAAUUCAGACUUGGGACACCAGGUGAGUGCAAUUAACUACCAGGUAGAAAUAAGAAACAGAAGUGUUUCGGCCCUCCAGGACCGGAAUUGAAGAACCCUGGUUUAAACCAUACUGAAGGCCUGCAUCUUUUUUGUGAAGUGGUUGCAGUUUAUAGGCCUAAAAGAUGAACACUAUCCAUAUAUCUGAUGGGUUGUUCAUAAUUGAUGACUAAGAUGAUCCCUAUAUUUCCAAAGGCUGAAAAUGAACCAGAGCCAGAGGAAGAAGUGAAGGAGGAGGAAGAUGAGGAUGAAGAGGAAGAUGAGGAUGGAGAGUCUGGCCGGUUGCGAUUCAAAACUGAGCGCAAAGACGUCACGUCUGGCAUUGUGCGGCUGGCAGAUGCAGCAAACAAAAGAAGAAACAUUCCUGAAACAUUAGGUACAUUUAUUUACAACCUUGCACUCAGUUAGGAAAUAAUUCAAAUGUCUACAUUUUUUUUUGCUUCGUAUUUGUAAACUGUAAUAUGUAACAUGUUUGUGCUUUCUUUGGUAGCCUUGGUUAUGGCUGAAGAGCAUUUCAAGUUUAACUCCAAAAUGUAUUUACACAACAUUGAUCAAAAGAAAAUGCUCAACAAAUCCAUAUUGAGCAAGUCCUCCUAAAUGGGCUGUAUUUGAGGGCUGGUUUCCUGGACACAGAUUUAAGCCUAGUCCUAGAAUAAAAAGCAUGCUCAAUGGAGAUUCUAGGACUAGGCUUAAUCUGUGUCCGGGAAACUACCCCUGAAUGUUGUAAUGGUCACUUCUUGAUGAUGUGUUUUGCCCACCAGAGCUCUCUGAAGAGGCCAAAGCAGACCUGAUGGAGUUUGAGGAGAAGGAGCGCCAGAGGAAGCAGGGCCGCUUUGGGGGCCGAGGAGGAAGAGGAGGAUUCAGAGGACGAGGAGGAAGAGGGGGAUUCCCCGGAUUCGGGAUGGGAGACUUUGGUGGAGGAAGAGGACGAAUGAAUGACCAGCGGCUCCCAAUGAUGCCACUACAUAUGGGCAUGCAGGUAAAUCUUAACAAAAUAAUCAGACACAAUGCAAAAGGUUUGCUUCAUGUUUUAAUUUUUGCCAAGGAAAAUAUAUUGUGAUACUGGUAUCGUCCCGGCCCUAAUGUUUACCUGUAAAACUAAUAAGGCACAGCCACUUGUGAUUGUUCGCAAAUAUGCCGUUCUCUCCAUGGCCUAUUGGAACCGUGAUCACUUGCGCGUGAACAAAGGCAAACAUUCGGCUUCUCUUCUCCCCUUAUCAAUGUUGAUAUAUGGAUUAUACCAAAAACAUGGGCGGUAGUCCAUUUAGACAGAAUUAUAUGAAAUUAAUUUUCUUCUUUGCAUAGGAUUUAGUUUCUCGUGGCCUUUUAUUAGACAUAUUUUGAAGCAUAUAAUCCGUUCAUUUAAGUUGUUCAUCCAUUUGAAGUCAUUUCUGGAUAGGCCAUGUCUGCAGAUAAUACUUUUCCCAGAAUUGUUUUCUCCGGACUAAAUAUCCCGAAGCUUCUGCCCAUGUUUCUCUACCUCUACUUUAUACACACAUUAACAUUUCUCACUGUCAAUCGUGAAUGAUAAUUCUUAAAGUUUUACCAGUGAGACGCCCAUGCAGCAUCGGCAUACCAACCAUUUGAUCUCAAUCAGUUUCACGGGGAUAGGCGUUUAGAUUUUCUUGAGUUAUACAGUGUUUCGAAGUAGCCCACAGUGUUGUUUUGAAUGAUGUACAUUGAGAGAAUAUUAGAGCAGAAGGUGUUAACAAACUGCAGCAUAGCCUGCUUGUGUAUUUUGCCUAGUGGCGUGCGCUUUUGAGUUUUGUUCACAUGAGUGAAAAAUGCAGUGGUGUUCCCAGUUGAAACAGUUUGCGCAUAUUUUGUGACGUUUUGGUGUUCGGCGGUAAUGUUUUUGGCUGUUCUCGCACACAUUUGUUUCUUGAGGCAAGUCUAAGUUCGGUAGAUGAAAUCUACGCCCAUUCGUCGGUGAUUGGUCAAAAGUAGGGGUGGGAACUAUGGACAGGAUUCUUCAAUGAAGUGUUUGCUGUCAUUCAACGAGAGAGAUGAGAGAGCACAGCAGCAGCUAGGCCCUACUGUCUGCAGUCCACUACUAGUUUUCAUACACGUUUUUUCACUUGAGAAGAACUGCACCGAACAUCUUAGCUAGAUGAAAAAUUGCGCGACUAAGACCUCCUCUGCAAAAAACAUCAAAAUUAAUUACAGAUUUCUUGAUUUAUCUUAGAUUAAUUCUGACUAUUUUGAGGAAGUGUUACUGGCUAUGUUGUUACGGUGGCUUAAGAGGGACAAACAACAGUAAUAUUGCCACUUUUUUCAAGUGAAGGUCUUUAUGGAGUAUGGGAGCACAGACGUUUGCGUCGCCUAGCCGAGUUUGGCUAGGAGCAAACCGAACCGAUGUAUACGGACGCCUUUAGAGUAACGUAAUACUAUGCUAUUAUAUUUGGUUAUGUUAUAUAGAAUACUAUCAGACAUUGAUUCAGCUUUGAUCUGACUUUAUUAAACGAGCACCAUUCGCCAGAGGAGCCUGUAAAGUAGAGCAUAAGCACAUGCCCAAAGCGUCAGCAUCUUUAGUCUGGACCAAAAAUCUUCUGACAAACGUCACAUCAGCAGCCACUCCGUUCACUAUAUGAUAAAGGAAAAUCAUUUUAAACAGCCUGAAUAAUAAGGGGCUAUGCUUCUUUAAGAGGUAUGGGAACGCUCAACUGGAUCGCAAUUAUUCCAUUUCUCAGGUCUAGUGAAUUGUGCUAUGAAUGAAAAGCGGGACCAGUCUUAAUGCAGCUAUAUAUCACUACGGUGUGAGGAAUGACUGGAGGGGUGACAAUAUCUUAACUUGGUUUAGAAUUUAUACAUUGGUCAACGGGUAAUUCAAUAGGAGCUAAAGCUUAACGUAUAGGCCUAUGUGAGGGACCAGUGAUUUGUUUAUUGAACUCAUUUACUGAGCUGAGUAUACGAAACAUUAGGAACACCUUCUUAAUAAUGAGUUGCGCCCCCCCCUUUUGCCCUCAAAACAGCCUCAAUGCGUUGGGGCAUGGACUCUACAAGGUGUCGAAUGCGUUCCACAGGGAUGCUGGCCCAUGUUGACUUCAAUGCUUUCCACAGUUGUGUCAAGUUGGCUGGAUGUCCUUUGGGUGGUGGACCAUUCUUGAUACACACGGGAAAUUGUUGAGAGUGAAAAACCCAGCAGCCUGCUACCAUACCCCGUUCAAAGGCACUUAAAUAUUCACCCUCUGAAUGGCACACGUACACAAAUGUCUCAAUUGUCUCAAGGCUUAAAAAUACUUAUUUAACCUGUCUCCUCCCCUUCAUCUACACUGAUUGAAGUGGAUUUAACAAGUGACAUCAAUAAGGGAUGAUAGCUUUCACCUGGAUUCACCUGGUCAGUCUAUAUUAUGGAAAGAGCAGGUGUUCCUAAUGUUUUGUGUACUCAGUGUAUAUAGCCUCCAACACUCGACAUAUCUGACUUGUUGUAUUGGUCUUCCCUCUUUCUCCCUCUCUCUCUCUCUCUCUCUCUCUCUCUCUCUCUCUCUCUCUCUCUCUCUCUCUCUCUCUCUCUCUCUCUCUCUCUCUCCUUCCCUCCAAUUAGCAGUCUCCCUCCAGAAUGCCUCCCCCUCACCACCAAACUCAUCAUCCUCAUCAGCAGGCCCAUCACCAGGGCGGCCCCGGUGGCCCCCGAGGGCCUCUUUUCCAGGAGCACAGUGGGGGCUCGCUGGCCCAGCAGCCCCUGCAAGCCCUCACCCCCCAGCACAUGGCCCACCGUGGCUCGCCCUCCUCACACAGGGCACCAGUCAGGCCACAGAUGGACCCGCCGCCCCGUAUGAUGAGUCCCCCUCCUUCACACAACCACCCCCACCAACAGCAGCAGCAGCAGCCCAAGAACAUCCACAUCAACCCCCAUUUCAGGGGCCCAGCGUCCUCCCCUGCACAAGGUAGGUCUGCACUUCGGGCUGCUCCGCAUCUUUGCAGGGUUUGGGGUGCAUCCCAAAUAGCACCCUAUUCCCUCCCUUUGGGCCCAGGUCAAAAGUAGUGCUUUAUUUAGGGAAUAGGGUGUCAUUCGAGUGGCCCACUGGGUCCUUUUUCAUUAAGUUGAAUGUUUUGAAUAUUUACCACUAAGCAAAGGCAUACGAUGCCGUAUGGUUGGCAGUUAUCCGUGCACUGCUUUGAAAAGUGUCUGGAUUAGAAUGUCAUGUUGUUGUUUGGGUUGAAUGACAAGUGAAUAGGGCUUUCAGACAGUAAUAGGGUUAUUUACUUGUCCUUUCUUCUCCAUUCCUCGAGAUCGGUUUAUCUUCUCUGUCUGUCCAGACUGAAAUGUGUGUGUGGGUCUAUGUGUGUGUUGGGGGGCGGGGGCCAUGGUUUGCUCCAGAGAGGGAAGUGAUAGUGAAAGAUCAGGGAUUGCCUCCAGUCAUAACUAGGGGUGUGUGUGACAGAGAUAGAGAGACGGCGUAUGUUUUUUGAGGGGAGGGGGGUGGAUAGGAUAACAGGAGUGUUUUCCAGAGGUUGGCAUAUGUCCCUUAACCCAUAUUUGCAACGAAUUGUCCUUUUCAAUUUCUGUCGAAAAUAAAUAAAUUGCCAUUACCAGUUGCAACUCAAACUGAUUAUGAAUUGAAGAUGCAUGGAGUAUUUACUGAAGUCAAAAAGCCUCAUACUGUAUGAUGAAAUGGCCUCUUUCAGAUCCAAAUAUACCCAUCCUCCUUAGCCCGUGGUCCAUUAGACAACUUCAACCGCAUGCUUUCACUAUGUUCAUCCAUUCAUUCCCUUUUGCCUCUGUCCAGCUGUGUACAAAUGUGAGCCCAUCUCGGAGGUGAAAUGUAAGACGCAUGCCUGUGUAACAGCCUUUAGCACACACAGAGGUGUCCAAUAGACUAUCCCUCCUUCUCCCCACCCCUGCGCUCUCUCUCUCCUCUUCUCAUUUCUCUCUUAACCCCUCUCUGCCCCCCUGCCCCAUCUACAUCAUUCUCUCUCUCGCUCUUACCCCCCCCCCUUCUCUCUCUCUCAUUGCAGUGCCCUUGAUGCCUCCUGCCCAGAGCCAGCCCAGAUCUGCUCCGAGUCCUCAGAGGUUCCCUGUGAGUAGCAGCUGCUCCACUCACACUCCCUCUCUCACCUCACCCCCAUCACACGGUUAGCGGCGGGCCUCUUUGUGAGGGAAAUAUCAUUAUGGCAAUUAGAUGCCCGCUCUGGUCCAAAUACUGUUAGAGCAAAUCUGUAAACACUCAUACCGAGUCUGUCUGCACAACUGGAAAUGGUUGAUAGGGGCUUUAGGCAGUGGCUGGCCUUCUUGGAGGGCUGGGGUGGCGGAAGCUUAGAUUAGUUAGCACUCUCUGGAUGUGCUGGGGCUCAGACUAUGCGGUUGGCAUCACAAUGGAAUCCUGAAAUCAGGGGUCCGUCCCAAAUGGCACCCUAUUCCCUACAUAGUGCACUAAUUUUGAGUUCUAUUGGAAUAGGGUACCAUUUGGGACACAGUCCAGGAUACAGCCUACUACCGCCAGUGAAAAUACCACUUUUUUAGGGCAAGUUUGUGGCACAAAGCAGAACAGACCUUUAGAAGGCUGUUUUGAAUUAGAAAAACAACCCAAAAACAUAAUUUUGGUUUAAUACUAAGGGAUAAAUAGAUAUUCAGGUAGUCAAAGAAAAUGAAUCAUUGAAGAACCUCUGAGGCUGCGUUUAGACAGGCACCCCAAAUCUGAUAUUUUUUUCACUAAUUGGUCUUUUGACCAAUCAGAUCAGCUCUGAAAAAGAUCUGAUGUGAAAAGAUCUGAUGUGAUUGGUCAAAAUACCAAUUAAUGGAAAAAAAUCGGAAUUGGGCUGCCUAUCUAAACGCAACCAGAGUAACAUUGAACCCAUUACAGAGAUGACAGGAAAGGAAUGCCUUUAAAGUGAUUACAGCACUGGCGGGGAAGUGGAUUGGCCAGGCAGCCAACUGUGCCUCAAGUUACUCAGGUUGCGUUAGUGCUGGGCUAUAUAUCGAAUUAAUUUGAAUGUAUGUUUUUGCGCGAUAUUCUAAAUGCCUGUAUCGCAAGAAGGUUUUGUUAUUUUGCGUUUUUAAUAAGCGUUUAUGUUGUAUUUUGGGUCUCCUCUCCUUCGCUCCUCUGUGCUGUGUGGACCUUCCCCAUUUACACCUGAGAUCUGUAUAUAAUGACGAGAUGCUCAUGUCUCCGCCCUAACAAUGGGAGUCGUUGUCCCAAAGGCAGGAAGGCAGGCAACAAGCUUAGGUCCAAAAAUAAGACCAUAGAAACACAUUGGGCUUAUUUUGGACAGAUUUUAUUACAUUUUAGUCAUUUAGCAGACGCUCUUAUCCAGAGCGACUUACAGGAGCAAUUAGGGUUAAGUGCCUUGCUCAAGGGCAGAUUUUUCACCUAGUCGGCUCGGGGAUUAGAACCAGCGACCUUUCGGUUACUGGCACAACGCUCUUAACCACUAAGCUACCUGCCGCUUGAUGUGGUUUACACACACACCAAGCCCCUCCCCCUGCCUCUCACGCCAACAAAGUUGACAGAUCACAUCUUCCUCUCUGACAAGCGGUUUCAACCCGCUAUUUGCAUUUGAGGUUUGGUUCCAAAAGAAUCGGUAAUAUGGACACCAAAACACAUUGAGACGUUAUUUUACUGUAAUAGAGAAGUUCACUUUUCAAACGAUACCCUUUUUAUGUCUCAACUACUCAAAUUGCGUGCAGAACAGACACUACUAAAACGGGAGUAUCAGUGAACAUUGAUUCUGGAAAAUGAGUGCUCAGUUUGUCGAGCGCGGAAUUGGUACGUUAGCAAUAUUUUAGCCAAAGACUGUUAUACUAGCUGUCUAUUCUGUUUUGUAAAUGUGCAAUAAGCAUAAAACACAAUCAAAUAAGGAAUUGGCAACUCUUUGUCAUUCUGAGAAAUAAGAUAGGCCACUUGAUUUCAGCAUCUGAACAAAGUGGACAGGCUAACAUCCUUUUCAAACAGUUGGAGACAGACAGAAGAGUGUGUUCAUAACAAUUCAACUGUUCAACCUUGUUAGCUAGCAAAUAGAUCCAAGUUGGCUAAACUUGAAAUAUAAAGAUUAGCUGGCUAAUCACUAGCACAGUUUGCGAGAUUGUUGAGACCUGUGUUAAUUUUCUAUAGCCUAAUGCCUGCUGCAAGAAAUUAGUCAUUAUUAGUGUGUGUGCAUUAUGCAUGGUUCUAGUUACAUUUGUAAGAAAAAAUUGCAUUUUCACAGACAGACUUGAAAGUUAAACUGUUUUCAUAAAAUAAUUACAUUAUUAGUGGUUGUGGAAGGCUUAUAUUUAGUCUAGGUAUAACUUCACAAGCUCUGAAUUCGUUAGAUUAUUGCUGUCUAUUUGAAAUGCAGUGUAUUUGACCUUUAAUUGUACAACAACCCAUAUUUAUAUAUAUAUAUAUAUAUAUAUUUAUUGAGAUAUAUAGUGACUCGCCCAUAAGGUAUGAUUUUUAGGCCAUAUCGCCCAGCCCUAGGAUGUGUUCCAAAUGGCACCCUAUUCCCAUAUGGCUCUGGUCAAAAGUAGUGCACUAUGUAGGGCAGUGGUUCUCAAACCUCUCCUCGGGUACCCCCAGCCGUUCCAUGUAUUUCAUCUAUUACACCGCUAACACACCUGAUUCAACUCAUCAACUAAUCAUCAAGCCUCUGAUUUGGUGAAUCAGGCAAGCUAGUUCAGGGCUACAACAAAAUUGUGAAACGUCUGUGUGUCCCCGAGGAGAUGUUUGAGAACCACUGAUGUAGAGAACAGGGUGCCAAGCUAAUGAUGACCAGGCAUCAGGUGGCGCUGGUGCUGAUUGACACCUUCUCGGGAAGAGCGUUUUAUAUGGAUUUAUGCAAAUCAGCCAUUGAAAAGUGUCUGCCUCCAAUUGCAUUUGGCGAAAGGUAUACUUACAAACCUUGUCAACAAAUGAGCCAGGGUCUCGCAUUUAGAGUCUGUUAUUUUGAAAAUGCCUACAUUUUAUUCAAUCUUCCUCAUCUCCUUUCCAGUCUGUGAUUGCGGUGGACAUUGAUAGCAGAGAGAGUGCUCCAGUGUGUGUAGCAGAGCUGUUUUUCACUAUUAUCAGAGUUGGAGGGAGAGAGAGAGAGCGAGGCUGAGCUGAUGCCUAGCAUAGUGUUGGAUUCCCCAGCUGUCACUCACGUUUAGGCUGCUGUUGCCAGGGUCACGAUUUGAAAUGCAGGUGACAAAACACCCAGCAACAUCCAUUUACCACUGGGCACCAGAUUACGGAUGAUUAUCAUACAUUAUCAUACCAUCAGACUUAAUUGUUCAAGAAGGGGAGGGGUGAUGCCCCCCUCCCACAUAUGUAAAAUCAUUCUAUAAAACAUUUGGAUAAUUUAUGAAAUUAAGAGCUAAUUAGGGGGCUAUGACGAUAGAAACUGCUAGUCAAGAAUACAAUUUUAGGUUUGUAAUUCGGGCCAAAUGGACAUUUCUUGCAUCUAGCAUAUCAAGGGCCUGGUGGUUGAAAAUAUAAUAUAUUUUGCCAUUUGUUCCAAAUAUGAAUAUGUUGUAAUAUCAUCAGGUUAGAUAUUGAAAAUAUAAAAGUAGCCUAGGUUUCAUAUUGUCCAAGCUACAAAGAUAACAUUAAAAGGUGACAUUGAAGUCACAUCAGGCUAAUUUUCUGUCCGAUGGCGGAGGUACUUAUCUAACAUAUCUUUUAGUCUCAUUGGUCAACCGUACCAUUGUCCUUAGAAUUAUGAAAUCCCUCCAUCAAUAGUGGCAACAAUGUGACAUUUGUACAAGACACUAUGUCCAAAGAAGGACCGACCAAAACAAAUGCCCCUUCUAAUCCUCUUGAUUUCCAUUUCUCAUUGAAUGGUUUGACAUAUGGUCCGGUCCAUUGUAUGACAUUUGUCUUAGCAAGCACUCUCUCUUUCCGAGAGGGAUAUCUGCAGAAUCAGUUACACAUUGAGCACCUCUCAGCCUGUUUAUCAAGGAUUAGCACUCAGAGCGGAUGAGCCGCGUUAUCAAAUUCAUACAAAUUUCCAGAGGUAUUAUGUAGACAACCGAGCCUCCAUUGUGCAAACCGGACUGACCUUUGGAACAGAGCGAUAAUGUCCAAACUAACAAUAUGAUCCGCUCCCUCUCCUCCUCUGCUUUGUUAAGCCCCGUUGAUUAACUUUCUGUUAAGCAACUUUGGCGACUCUCUCUCCCUUCCAGCAUUCGAAACACCGCUCUAUCCCGCUCAAAAUGCCGUCAGUCUACCGGCGAAUCAAGGUGGAUUAAGCCUAGAUAGCAUCUUAAAUAAUUUACAAAGGGGCGAGGAGGAGGGAGGUCUAAGAACCCCAUUUGUGGAAGUGCAACGUGUUGAGUUGAAGGUUAAUUUUUCAACAGAGACUGAUGUUUAAGAGAAUAAAGGAGAUUCAGGUUAUGGGGGGGGAUCUUAUUCCGAGGAGGGAUUAUGGGAUCGUUAUCUGCUGCUUUUCCUUGACGGUAGACUAGACGCAGCACUGUGGUGUGGUUUUUACUGUUUCUCGAGUUAACGUUUUCCUGGCCAAGAUGGCAGAUUUUUUUGUCAUGUUGCUAGGAUGCCAAUAACACUAGUGAAUUAGAGGUUUACUCUCACUUAUUCUCAAUGGUAUUUCCUCUCAAAAUGGUGUAAACAUUGGUACAUUUUACCCAGGUCAACAUUGUGCCUAAUGAGAAUGAUCCUAGCCAUUCAAUUUGUAGUAUAAUAAUAUAACCCGAAAUGCACCUUUUUCGUUAGUUUUAAUUAGUUUGUGAUUACAGUGGUUCCCAAUGUGGAAUGAAAUGUAUGAGUGUGUGUGUAUGCACCUCUCCCCCCCCCCCCCCUCACAGGGAUCGGGGGACUUCCAGCAGGAGCACAUGCCUGGUAAUUUUGGCCAGCCGCCCCAGAGGCCCCCCCAUUACAUGGAGCCCUGGAGGAACCAGCCUCCCCCUGCCCCCCAGGACAGAGAGCCCUUCUUCAUUGGGGGUAAGACCACAGCUUGCAUCCCAAAUAGCACCAUUUUCCCUAUAUAGUGCACUACUUUUGACCAGGGCCCUCUGGUCAUAAAUAGUGCACUAUAUAGGUAACAGGGUGCCAUUUGGGACACAGCCCUCCUCACCCACCCACGCGUCCUUCCCUGCCUUUAAGGGGUUAAAUCGUCUCUCUUAGCAUAGCUAACCCUUCUGGGCAUUAACCCCUAGCAGUAUACCUUCAGGGUACGCUGCGAGCAUAAUUGCAGAGUUCCAUUAACUAAAUUAAUUAAUGAAUUUCAUUGUCAUUUUUCGUCAACGAUCUACACAAAAUACUAUGUUAAAGUUCAUGAAAAAUAAAACACUAAUACUGUAUAUCUUGAUUAGAUAGAUAAGUAUUCAACCCCCUGUGUCAAUACAUGUUAGAGUCACCUUUGGCAGCGAUUACAGAUGUGGGUCUUUCUGGCUAAGUCUCUAAGAGCUUUCCACACCUGGAUUGUGUAACAUUCUUCAAGCUCUGUCAAAUUGGUUGUUGAUCCUUGCUAGACAACCAUUUUCAGGUCUUGCCAUAGAUUUCCAAGCAGAUUUAAGUCAGGAACAUGCACUGUGCUCUUGGUAAGCAACUCCAGUGUAGAUUUGGCCUUUUGGUGUUUUAGGUUUUGGUGUUUUAGGUUAUGCUGAAAUGUGAAUUAAUCUCCCAGUGUCUGGUGGAAAGCAGACUGAAUCAGGUUUUCCUCUAGGAUUUUGCCUGUGCUUAGCUCCAUUCCGUUUCUUUUUUAUCCUGAAUAACUCCCCAGUCCUUAACGAUUACAAGCAUACCCAUGACAUGAUGCAGCCAUCACUAUGCUUGAAAAUAUGGAGAGUGGUACUCCGUAAUGUGUUGUAUUGGAUUUGCCCCAAACAUAACACUUUGUAUUCAGGAAAAAAAAGUUAAUUGCUUUGCCGUAUUACUUUAGUGCCUUGUUGCAAACAGGAUGCAAGUUUUCGAAUAUUUUUAUUCUGUACAGGCUUCCUUCUUUUCACUCUGUCAAUUAGGUUAGUAUUGUGGAGUAACUACAAUAUUGAUCCAUCCUCAGUUUUCUCCUAUCACAGCCAUCAAACUCUCUAACUGUUUUAAAGUCACCAUUGGCCUCAUGGUGAAAUCCCUUAGCGGUUUCCUUCCUCUCCGGCACCUGAGGUAGGAAGGACACCUUUAUCUCACCAUGCUCAAAGGGAUAUUCAAUGUCUGCUUUCCAUUUACCCAUCUACCAAUAGGUGCCCUUCUUUGUGAGGCAUUGGAAAACCUCUCUGGUCUUUGUGGUUGAAUCUGUGUUUGAAAUUCACUGCUCGACUGAGGGACCUUACAGAUAAUUAUAUGUGUGGGGUACAGAGAUGAGGUAGUCAUUCAAAAAACAUGUUAAACACUAUUAUUGCACACAGAGUGAGUCUAUGCAACUUAUUAUGUGACUUGUUAAGCACAUUUGUACUACUGAACGUAUUUAGGCUUGCCAUAACAAAGGUGUUGAAUACUUAUUGACUCAAGACACUUCAGCUUCAUUUUUAAUUCAUUUGUAAAAAUCCCAAAAAUCAUAAUUCCACUUUGACAUUAUGGGGUAUUGUGUGUAGGACAUUUUAAAAAAUCUCAAUUUAAUAAAUUUUUAAUUUGGGGGAUAACAUAACAACAUUUCUGAAGGCACUGUAUGUAUGUAUGUGCACCUACAUGCAUUGGAAUGAGUCGGGGCUCCUAAUAUACAUUCAUAUCACUCAUUUCCUAAUCACUACUUAUGUGGAAUUAAAUACCAUCAAAUAUUGGUGUGGUGUUAUUUUCUGUUGAUAGAGAUGUAGGCCUAUGUAUGGUGCUUCCCCCAGCCUUAGUCCGUACAGCCAAGACUCGAGGCAGUCACUGUCUGAUGUAUUAAAAGUGAGUGGGAAAUGCGGCGACGCAGCAAACAACUUGACGUCUCUGUUGUGGCUUUCUCCUCCCCCCCCUACUUCCCCUCCUGUUCUAUAGACCCAGGGCGGUUCCCUGGGCAACAGCAGCACAUGUUCGAUCACCAGAACCCCGGCUUGCUCAUAAACAGUAACAACCAUCAGAUCCCCAGCCAGGGCCACAUGGCCUUCAACCAGCCAGGCCUAGGAGGGUUCAACCAGCCAGGCCUAGGAGGGUUCAACCAGCCGGGCCAGGGUCCAGGGGGCCAGCCAGGGAUGUUCCAGAGAGAGCCCCCCAGACCCAACCUGCCUCCCCAGGGCCACCCCCAGGGCCACCAGGGCAUGUCCAGCCUGACGGGGCUCGGCGGACCCCCCAACACCAGGCCCUUCAUGGGCCACAUUCAGCCCGGCUUUCAGCAGCAGCAGGUGCCCCCCGGGUCCUUCCCACUGCAGCAGCACCAGUUUGGGAUGCAGGUACGGAUGAGAGUAAGUGAAUCUUCUACCGGUUAACGUGUGUGGUGGUGGCCUGCGCUCUGCCUGUGCAUGAGGCGGGUGGAAUGAUUCAUGAUUCAAGUAUUGGUCCACAAAUGGGUAUGUGUUGUCUAUUUGUUAAGUAUUAACUCGGCGUGGAUGGAAAUCAGUUCAGUUUGUAAUGUAAACUAUGGCUUUUUCCAAGCUUCUUCACAAUCAGUGAUUAUACAGUACCUGUUGGGAUACAUGUCAAAUGUGAAAUAUUGUCCGUCCUUAUUCUAAAUUUGCACAGUUUUUACUCGAUUAUAAAAAUAUUGGAAACGCUUGUUGAAUAUUCCACGUUAGUGAAAAUGUCAUUAAAACAGCUAAUAUUUCUCAGAGACCUCCUUCCCAUGCAGUAUGAAUGGUGAGGCACAGACAAGAGUGCCCUCUAGUGUAGGCCUCAUUGUUCUACCUCUGUUACCGCGGCUAUAUGAGGACACCGAUUGGAGGUUAAUCAUAUGCAUGUAACCGUUCCUUCUUAAAAAAAGCUCAAAUCGCGUGCAUACGAGAAGUGUGGCUGCUUUUUUAUUUUCAAGUUGUAAGUCAAAACAGUCAAUCUUUUACCCUAUCUGUCAAAAUCACUCAUUCUGCCCGCUUUGUCUUUUUGCGUUGCAAUUAAAACUAGGGCUUGAUGCAGCACGGCCCUCCCCACUCACAGCUCCAGUGUCACGACUUGCCUCUCUCCCAACAACAACAACAGCAGCAGCAGCAGCAUCACAGACAGGACCUGUCUCAGCCGCCCCCCCACCACCACCCACAGCAUCAGCUCCACCCCAACGAGCAGCGGCAAGGCCCCAUGAUGCACCACGGCAGUGGGCAGGGGCAGCCCCUCUUCCACCAGGUGCAGCAGCACGGCAGCCCCAGACAGACGCACUCUGGCGGACCCCACCCACAGCAGCGUAACGCCCCCAUCAGGUCCAGAAUGGUGAGCAGCCACUAUCGGUCAUAGGACUAUUUGGAUUUAUGGCACGUUCAAAAUGAUUUUGAAGGAAUCGAUGUGCUUUGCUUUCAAUCAAAAACCCAACGUGCACAGGAAAAAAAAUCACAUUGGUUAUAUAGGUAUAUCAAGCAAAAUGAUUGUGAUCAAAAGACCAACGAAAUACAAAUCAGUUUUUCCUCCUUCCACAGAACCCUCCUGCACUGAAAGUCCUUCCCCAGCGCAACAGCAACCUCCGCGAGCUCCCCGUGGCACCUGGCAACCAAAACAUGAACAAUGUCCGCCCCGCCUCGGUGCCCAACGUCAGGCCCGUUGCCAGGGCAAUGCAGGGGGGGGUGCGACCGGGCCUGAAUGCUCGGCCGGUCCCAGGCGGUGGCCGGGGGAGAGCCCAGCCUACUGCUGCCAACAAGGCCGCAGCACAGCUACCUGGGCCACCUGAAAGAACGGUGGUUCACAGGGAUUCCACAGACACUCAGCCAAACACAGCAGUACAGGUCAGUCCUGCACCAAAUCAAAUCGCAUUUUAUUUGCCACAUGCGCCAAAUAUAAUAGGUGUAGACAUUACAGUGAAAUGCUUACUUACAAGCCCUUAACCAACAAUGCAGUUUUAAGAAAAAUACGUGUUAAGUAAAAAAAUAGAUAAAAUAACAAAUAAUUAAAGAACAGCAGUAAAAUAAAUAUGUACACCACAUGUAAAUGGCAACUUAUUCCCUAUAUAGUGUAAAUAGAGCCCUGGUCAAAAGUAGUGCACUAUGUAGGGAAUAAGGUGCCAUUUGGGAUGCACACAAAAGUAGUGUCUAAAUAAAACUGUGUUGAAAUCAUGGCCAAAACAGGGAAACAAAGGCAAACGGUUUGGAUUUUCGUGUGUGACUCAAUAUAGAAAUAAUUGCGAAAGUGGCCGCCUCAGUUUUAUUUCACCAAUCAUUUUCUCUUUUAUACCAUCAUCACAUAUUUAAGGCAUGGCGAUAAUUUGAGAAUAUUUUAUUAUUUUGACAGACAUUGUGCCUGUAAAAUUCAGUAACCUGAGAUAAUAAGCCGUGCUAAGCCCGCCGUGUUCAGUUAGAUGGGGCAGUGAAUGCUAUUCUAUUAAUUAAUGGCCCAAUCAUAAGGUUAUAAAUUAGAUGAGACUCGUUCACCGGGGAGUCCAUUGGAAAAGGGAUCAAUACCAUCAUAGUAUAUUUCUCUGGGGUAUCGCUUCUCAUUACUACUGUGAAUGUCACGCCAAUUUAGACGGUUCCAAUGGUAGUUACUGCAGCUCUGUGGCUGCACCUUGUUCCCUAUAGUGCACUGGCGCUGGUCAAAAGUAGUGCACUAUAUAGGGAAUAGGGUGCCAUUGGGGAUGCUGCCCAUGUUACUAGCUCAUGGAGAGUGUGAGUGUGAUGUUUCUCAUAGUGUCUGGUUGGUUGUAGGAUCCCGACGAGGACGAAGAGACGCGGCAGUACCGUCUGAAGAUCGAGGAGCAGAAGCGUCUCCGGGAGGAGAUCCUGAAGAGGAAGGAGAUGAGGAGGCAGAUGCAAGCCGGCGUCCGCAAGAAGGAGCUAAUGGAGCGCAUCAUCGGCCAAGGUGACCCACCACAACAACAGCAGCAGAGGCAGUUUCCCCCUAAACCCCAACAGCCCCAGCAAGGCUCUACUGCCUUCCCUCCCAACGGCACCCCACCGACGCCCCCCGCGCUCCGCCAGAACGUGAAGACCCGCCUGCAGAUGACCAAGGGCCAGGGUCAGCAAGCCCCAGCGCCAGGCUGGCAGGGGGGCCAACAGGGGCAGAACACUGGCCCCGGUCCCAACCCUACACAGCAGGCCCAGCAACAACAGCAGCAGCAGAGGAGGAACGUUACCCAGCUGAACCCUAUCAGACCAGGGGGGCCCACUGUCCUGGGGAGCAUGCCCAUGCAGGGAGCCCUGAUGGCAGGUCUGAGUCCAGACCAGGCCCAGGCUCUUGGGCCUAAGUCAGGGGUGAAGAGAACUGUGAUGCAGCGAGCCAAUAGUGGAGACCGAGCGGGGCCACACAUCCCACAGAAAGUCAGAGUUGUCAAGCUUAUAGGAGGGGUGAGUGCCUGUUUGGUCAUUUGCUUUUAGACUGACAAAUAUAGGGUUUAAAAUUCCCUGAGAUUCACGGAAUCAGGAGAGAAAUCUGAAAUCCUUUAAGAAGGAUUUCUGGAAAACAUGGACAUUUGGGAAAAUGUUCUGGAAUUUUGCAACCUUAGACAAACAGUAUCUUUAUUGUUUGGUUAGUGCCUUUGUCCGUCCAGACUCCAUUGUUCCCUUGAAUUCAACCCAAGAAUUUCCAGAUACUUUUAAAUGUCACUCACUCCCUAGGAGGACCACAUGUUUUGUAACCUAUUCGGAAUGACAUAUGGCUCUCUGUCUGUCUGUUUUAUUUUGGCAAAAUUGAUCCAUAAAGUGUCCGAUUCCUUUUGUUUGAGUGGUGGUAUUGAAGAUGAGGUGCUUCCACACCCAUCUUACCUUUAAAUACUGAAAGGCACCAGUCAAUAAAGUGAACUGUCUGGCAUUUAUCUGACAUUUAUAGCAUUUAUUUGGUGUUGGUGACACCAGUCCACUGCCCUUAAAGGUUGGUGUCUGUCCUUUUAAAGCCCAAAAGAUAAAGACAAGGGAACUUGAAGUGUAAAACAGAAAAUACCAUUAUAAGCCAACUGGGUCCAGAUUCAAUCCCUCCUUUGUCAGCGUCGAUCAUUUUAUUCUCAUUUGAUCAAGUCACUGCCGCCACCUUAAUUAUGAAUUAAUCUUGUUUGUAAAUUGGAAAUGGCUUUGUGUUAAAACAUUCAUAUCUGUUGUUGAUGAGGCCUUUGUGAGAUGUGAUAGUAUUUUGGAGUAAGCUGCUUUGCUCCCAUCCCAGAGGAUAAGGCUGUUAAGGCUGAAUCGCAGGCUCUCUCUCUCUGCUGCCUUAGAUGAAGAUAACUGGGUGUCAGCCGCGUUAAUAGAAACCUAUGCCGGGCUAUCUGAAGUGCUGCAUCUCAGAGGGAGAGAGGGAGAGAGAGGGAGCCCAUAGCUGUACUGAAAAGCAGAUUCUCCAAAUGCUCUCUCUUCCACAUUGUUCCGCUGUCAUCGACGGCAGCCUGACAAUGUUCUCUCCCUCGCUCUCUCCUUCUCUCCCUCCCUCCCUCCCUCUCGUGCUCUCCAUCAGCCGUCUCUCAGGUGUGUGAGCCAUAGAAACGUCAAGCGUCAACCCAUGACACGUGGCAAUUAAUCUUCCUUUAACAGGGCGGCUCUGCGCCAUAAUACCUGUGUAAGAAAGAGUCGCCACUUUUGAGGGAUUUGGAUUUGUAUAGCUUAGGCAGCGCAGAUAAGGGAGGAAAUUAAAUUUUCAUCAGACAGAACAGGGCCCUACAAUGCAACACGCAGCACAAAAGCAAGGGGGGUGGGGAGCAGAGGGGGAGGGGUAAAGGGACGGGGAACAUGUCACUCGGUUGUAAUGCAGCUUAGCGUCUGAUGGGUGCAAUCAGCAGCUGUAGAUUUCUAUAGGAGGAUUAAUCCAUUUACUGUGGGACGACGGCAGGAGACAGGUCAGUCAUAUAUCACUGCUGUCUGUCUCUCCCUCCCCAGUAUUGAUCUGUCACAUUUAGAAUAAGAGGGGAGACGAGAGACGACCUUCAGCUGUUUCAGCCUGUGUGUGUGUGUGUGUGUGUGUGUGUGUGUGUGUGUGUGUGUGUGUGUGUGUGUGUGUGUGUGUGUAAAAGCAUGGUAAUAGUAGGCUGUACAGCCCUAGCUAUCUGUAACUCUAUUUAAUAACGAGAGUGUGUCACCAUCCAUGUUGUAUCCAUUCACAGCAUGAGGCGCACACUGCUCCACCUCAAAGCUAAUGUCUUCAUGGGAUUGUGAGGUGUGAACGGGGAAGCCAGACUCGCUUCAGGCAUUGCUUGGCGGUCCAUUUCGGCAGGAUCUUUUUCAGCCAUUUUGCUAUUCCGAAUUUUCUGUCUGGAAUCGGUGAUCGGUCUGUGUUUUCUGCAUUGCCGGGCACUUGUAUUGAUUUCAUGGACUUAGGACUCCGGUCGGACAAUACACUGUAUAACUAUGUGUUAAAACCAAGAAAUUAGUAAAAAGGCAGUCGAUCAGACAGAGUAUACGUCGCAAAUGGCAACCUAUUCCCUACAAAGUGCACAACUUUUGACCAGAGCCCCCUAUGGGUAGUGCACUGCUGUGCCUUCAGAAAGUAUUCAUACCCCUUGACUUAGUCCACAUUUUGUUGUGUUACAGCCUGAAUUCAAAAUGUAUUCAAUAUAGUUUUUCUCUCACCCAUCUACACACAAUACCCCAUAAUGACAACGUGAAAACAUGACAUUUUUGCAAAUUUAUUGAAAAUGAAAUACAGAUUUAUCUCAUUUACAUAAGUUUUCACAGCCCUGUCAAUGCUUUGUAGAAGCACCUUUGGCAGUGAUAACAGCUGUGAGUCUUUCUAGAUAAGUCUCUAAGAGCUUUCCACACUUGGAUUGUGCAACAUUUGCCCAUUAUUCUUUUCAAAAUUCUUCAAGUUGUUGAUUAUUGCUAGACAACCAUUUUCAGGUAUUUUCAAGUAGAUUUAAGUCAAAACUAUAACUCAGCCACUCAGGAACAUUCACUGUCUUCUUGGUAAGCAACUCCAAUAUAGAUGUGGCCUUGUGUUGUAGGUUAUUGUCUUGCUGAAAGGUGAAUUUGUCUCCCAGUGUCUGGUGGAAAGCAGACUGAACCAGGUUUUCCUCUAGGAUUUUGCCUAUGCUUAGCUCCAUUCCGUUAAUUUUAUAUCCUGAAAAACUCUCCAGUCCUUUACAAGCAUACCCAUAACAUGAUGCAGCCACCCCUAUGCUUGAAAAUAUGUGUAAUGAUACACCAUCCAAAGUGUAAUAAAUAACUUCAUCACGCUCAAAGGGAUAUUCAAUGUCUGCUUUUAAAUUUUACCCAUCUACCAAUAGGUGCCCUUCUUUUCCAACCAUAGGAAAACCUCCCUGGUUUUCUGUGCUUGAAAUUCACUGCUUGAUUGUCAGACCAUGAGACAUCCUGAAAAUCGUUCUUCUUACGAAAACGUCUGUUGCGUCCAAACGGUUUGGCCUACAAACUAUUAUGACCACUCUAUUGAAAGAUGAGACUCUCACGAACACGAUUUUGCUCUGGGCCUCACAGGACUUGUCUUAAGGUCCCCGGUAAAAUAAGGGGAUAAAUACAUGUCAAUUAUCAUAUUUUUUACAUCGUUUCCUGAUCUUAUUAUAUCUCUCAGAUAGGAGACACUUCAGAACAAACUUCCUUUUGAUUUUUUGGGGGGACUAUCUGUUGUCCCAUGUAGUGAAUCUGUUAUUCAAUGCGUUUCUAUUGGCUAAUAGCUGUAAUGCCAAAUUCAAUAUUUGAUCCAAUAAUUGUAUUAUAUGUUAUUUUGAUACCUUAAACACUAUUCUUGCACACAGUGAGUCCAUGCAACUUAUGUGACUUGUUAAGCAAAUUUUUACUCCUGAACUUAUUUAGGCUUGCCAUAACAAAGGGGUUGAAUACUUAUUGACUCAAGACAUUUCAGCAUUAAAUAUUUUAUUAAUUUGUAAACAUUUCUAAAAACAUAAUUCCACAUUAUGGGGUAUUGUGUGCAGGCCAGUGACAAAAAAAAAGUCAAUUUAAUCCAUUCUAAAUUCAGGCUAUAACACAGUCAAGGGGUGUGAAUACUUUCUGAAGGCAGGGAAUAGGGUGCCAUUUGGGACACAGCCCUGCAGUCUAUUUAUUUUCCCUGUGCUGUGUGAUCUCCAGGGAGGAGAUGCGAGUGGUAUCAGCGCCCCCAUCCAGCAGCAGCAGGCCACCAGGCCAGCCCCCCAUAUCCUCCAGGGCCCAGUGAGGAAGGUAACCCUGGCCAACCCCCCCGGAGGACAGCCCAUACAGGGCCUGGUCACACAGGGGGACAGAGGGGGCCUGGGCAACAGGGUAGGUUGUUUUCCCUCCUCACACUUAGCACCAUUAGCACCACUACACAAAAUACAUAAACAUUUCAACAUGUCCCAAAUGGCACCCUAUUCCCUACAUGCGCUGCUUUUGACCAGAGCCAUAUGGGGUGCCAUUUGGGACGGAACAGGUGGACUCUAAACAGAGCCUCGCUAACAUGCGUUUCCUCCGAAGACGUGAUACAUAAGUGUCUAAUACUGUCAUAUUCGUUAAGGACAGGUGUAGUGUUUUAGACAGGAGCGGUACCUACAAUUUUCAUCUUAAAUAUAAAUGUAAGAAAUCCUCUGAGUACAUUGCUAUUCUCUAUAUGUUUUUUUAUACCUCUGGCAUUCCCCUGCCAUUUAGUAGGUUUACCAUUUGAAGCAGCUCUAGUAAUAUGACAGGCCAGUAUGCCGGGUGCUACACUGGGACCCCUGGCCUCUCUGCACGUCUGUCACCAGCCCGCCGUCUCGGCGGACGCUCUCAGCUCAGCAACGCUGACCGGGGGGGAGGCAGCCACCAUGAUGCCUGGCUGGCUGCUUCUCUUCUCUGCACUCUGGGGUCUCUCCCUCGUUCGCUCUCGUAUGAAGAUGCAACGGAUGCACACAGCGCGCAGGCAGCAGUCGUCGUGGUUUGACGUUGACGCCGUAUGUAGAAAUAUGAUGAGUCAAUCAAGCAAAAGCAGCUCAGCAGCCUGGAGGUGUAAAUAGAAGGGAGACAAAACAGUGCAUUUUCACUCAUGCUGAAAAACAGUAGACCCUGGUAGAUGUCAGACAUCUGGUCUCCACUCGGCUGGAUACGGAAUGAAAACAUCAACGUGCCUGCAUAAGAGGUUCAAGCAGUUUCCUUUCUUCCUCUCCCCCCCUUUCUAUCCUCUCUGCCUGGUGCAGGUGGUUGUCCCGGGGCGUGGCAGAGCCAGGGGGGCAGGAGGAGCGGGUCAGCUGGGGUGUGGGCGUGGCAGAGCCAGAGGGGCAGCGGGGGCUGGAGGAGCGGGUCAGCUGGGGUGUGGGCGCCUGAUACCCACCAGACAGAAUCAGCGAGGGGCGGGGACGGGGGACAGCCAGGCCUGCACUGUGUCCAUAGACGGCCUCUCUACAUCCACCACGGACACGCAGCUCCGAAACCUGCUCAACUCCAUCGGCCCCAUCCAGGUAUGCCUUCUCUGCCCCCAUGUCUGUGUCCCAAAUGACACCCUAUUCCCCACAUAUAGUGUGCUACCUUUGACCAUGGCCCAAUGUGGAUGAGAAAGCUUGAGAUGAGAGUAUAACUGCCCUGUUCUAAAUGCCUGCUCUUCCCUUGUUCUGCUUAUUCGGCUGCAGAUGUUCAAAAUGCUGCCCCAUCAGAGAAAAGCCAUUGCCAAGUUUCACAAUCCCCAGCAUGCCUUGAGUUUUCAAGUCAGCUUCAACAGGUAAAUAAACCACUUUUUUUCACUCUCCCUUUUUAAAACCCACAAUCCUAGUGAGGUAGUCUCCCCAAAGUAUAUCAUUAUGAAUAGGGCCUACACCUGACACCAAAUUAGAAGGGUUACUCAACGAGACAUCCUUCUUUUGGAACCAUACAGGCAUAUGAUAGAUUUGUCCCACAUUGACGUGUCACUGAUUGACGGCUGA